GUUACAGCUGUACAACUUUUUUAACGCAUUGCUGAGUCACAUGAAGGACACUAGUGGGCGGCCCUCCUCCGAGCGGACUUCUCGCACCGCCUCAGUGUUAGAACAAGUAUUCUCUGAAGAGUCCGAUGAAGGUGGGGGCGUCGACGAGACGGCGCCAUCCAAACUGUCGCAUGGGCCCGAUAUAGAGUUCCCUCUGCAGAGAAAGGACAUCGACUUACUCAUUGAAGCUUUCCGAAAGAAAAAGCACCGCCUUCACCCGAAAUAUGUAGCACAAAUACUAAAGGAAGCUACACAAGCGUUAAAACGGAUGCCCAACAUCAAUGUUGCCACCACUUCAAUUUCCAGCCAAAUUACGGUCUGUGGCGAUCUGCACGGGAAACUUGAUGAUUUAUUGGUCAUAUUUCACAAGAACGGGCUGCCAUCAGCUGAGAAUCCAUACAUAUUCAAUGGGGACUUCGUGGAUCGCGGCAAAAAGGGCUUGGAAGUGUUCCUGCUACUACUGGCGUGUAUGUUGGCAUUCCCCGGCGGAGUGUACCUCAACCGAGGCAACCACGAAGACCUCAUUAUGAAUUCCAGAUACGGGUUCAUCAAGGAAGUGCACCAGAAAUACAGGCAUAAUGCGGAACGCCUGCUGAAGUUGAUAGAAUGCGUGUAUCGAUGGCUGCCACUGGGCACAAUUAUCAACAACCGCGUAUUCGUGGUCCACGGGGGUAUAUCCGACACCACAGAUUUAGAUAUGAUACGCAGCUUGGAGAGGGAUAAGUACGUGUCUUUGUUACGACCGCCGGUGACCGAAAACGCUACGGGCAGUGAAGUGAUAGACAAAGUAGAAUGGAAACAGGUAUUCGAUAUCCUAUGGUCAGAUCCUCAGUGCAUUGGCGGUUGUGUGGCGAAUGCUUUGCGUGGCGCCGGCACGUACUUCGGACCCGACGUCACCGCAAGUUUCUUGCAGAAGAACAAGCUCAGUUUCGUCGUCCGCAGCCAUGAGUGCAAGCCGGGUGGAUACGAGAUAAUGCAUAAUGGGAACGUAAUAACAAUAUUCUCUGCUUCCAACUAUUACGAGCUCGGCUCCAAUAAAGGUGCUUACUUGAAGCUGCGGGGCAACUCGCUGGAGCGGCAGUUCGUGCAGUACACGGCGGCUGUGUCGCGGACCCGUCGCCUCACCUUCCGACAGAGAGUAGGGCUCGUCGAGUCGUCGGCCAUGAGGGAACUGCACAACCAGAUAGUCAUCGCACGGAGACCUUUGGAGGCUACAUUCCGAAGCAUGGACUUGGAUCAAACUGGUUAUAUAUCAGUCAGCGAGUGGUGCCAAGCGAUGGAAGAGACUACUCAUUUGGGAUUGCCGUGGCGAAUGCUGAAGGACAAGCUAGUCCGCUCCGAUCCUGACUCACGCCGCUUACGCUACAUGGACACGUUCGACCUCAACUCCACUCGAAUUGGAAGAAAAGCUGACACACAGACUGUCGUGGAAACCCUCUAUAAAAAUAAACGAAGUUUAGAAGCAAUCUUUAAAAUUCUGGAUAAAGACAAUUCUGGUUACAUAACACUUGAGGAAUUCUCCGAAGCAUGCCAAUUGCUUGGUAAAUACAUGCCCAAUCCAAUGACACAGGAGCAACUCGUCGAUAUUUGCCGGCUAAUGGACAUAAACAAGGAUGGACUCGUGGACCUCAACGAGUUCCUAGAGAGUUUCAGAUUAGCAGAGAAAAGUCUUCAAGACGAUGACUAUGAUGAUAUAGAGCCCACUUGA